UUCUUAAUUAAUAUAAUAUAAUUAAAUUCAUUUCGUCGCAGGAAAUGUGAAAUUUCUUUUACAAUUUCUCUCUUUACAGUGGUUAAUCGAUUGGGCAAUAUUCAAUUCUUGCAUUCUGUUUGGUUGCCGAGAAAGUUGAGGAAAGCAAGGCGAAAUUACACUUCAUUUUUGAUCUGGGAUACAUUUUGAGUGAGGAUGUCUUCAGUUGACGACCCGCUCUAUCCAAUAGCUGUUCUCAUUGAUGAGCUGAAAAAUGACGACAUCCAGCUGCGCUUGAACUCGAUUCGGAGGCUAUCAACAAUUGCACGGGCUCUUGGGGAGGAGCGUACUCGUAAGGAAUUGAUCCCGUUUCUGAGUGAAAACAAUGACGAUGACGACGAGGUUCUCCUUGCAAUGGCAGAAGAGCUGGGAGUGUUUAUUCCAUAUGUUGGUGGAGUGGAGCAUGCCCAUGUUUUGCUUCCGCCUUUGGAGACCCUAUGCACUGUUGAAGAAACCUGUGUGAGGGAUAAAGCUGUAGAAUCUUUGUGUAGAAUUGGAUCUCAAAUGAGGGAGACUGACUUGGUUGAUUGGUUUAUUCCUCUUGUAAAGAGAUUGGCUGCUGGUGAAUGGUUUACUGCUCGAGUUUCUGCAUGUGGGCUUUUUCACAUUGCAUAUCCCGGUGCACCGGAGGCGCUGAAAACAGAGCUGCGAUCAAUAUACACCCAAUUGUGUACAGAUGACAUGCCUAUGGUUAGGAGGUCUGCUGCCACAAAUUUGGGGAAAUUUGCAGCGACUGUUGAGCCUGCUCAUUUGAAGACAGAUAUUAUGUCAAUGUUUGAUGAUCUUACACAAGAUGAGCAAGAUUCUGUUAGAUUGCUGGCUGUUGAAAAUUGUGCAGCUCUUGGAAAGUUGUUGGAACCCCAAGAUUGUGUCACACAUAUCCUCCCAGUUAUUGUUACCUUUUCGCAGGAUAAGUCUUGGCGUGUUCGUUACAUGGUUGCAAAUCAAUUGUAUGAGCUUUGUGAAGCUGUGGGGCCUGAACCUACGAGGACUGACUUGGUCCCUGCAUAUGUGCGAUUGCUUCGCGAUAACGAGGCCGAAGUGCGUAUAGCAUCUGCUGGCAGAGUGACAAAAUUUUGCCGGAUUUUAAGUCCAGACAUUGCAAUUCAGCAUAUUCUUCCUUGCGUUAAGGAACUAUCAACAGAUUCUUCUCAACAUGUUCGCUCUGCUUUGGCUUCAGUCAUAAUGGGAAUGGCUCCUAUCUUAGGAAAGGAUGCGACAAUUGAACAGCUCCUUCCAAUUUUUCUCUCUCUUCUGAAGGAUGAAUUUCCUGAUGUGCGCCUGAACAUUAUCAGCAAGCUUGAUCAAGUGAAUCAGGUUAUUGGAAUUGAUCUGCUUUCUCAAUCCUUAUUACCAGCAAUUGUAGAGCUUGCUGAGGAUAGACAUUGGAGGGUCCGGCUUGCAAUUAUAGAGUAUAUACCAUUACUGGCUAGCCAAUUGGGUGUAGGGUUUUUUGAUGACAAACUUGGUGCCUUGUGCAUGCAGUGGUUGCAAGAUAAGGUUCACUCAAUCCGUGAAGCUGCUGCUAACAACUUGAAGCGCCUUGCGGAAGAAUUUGGUCCAGACUGGGCAAUGCAGAAUAUUGUUCCCCAGGUUCUGGAGAUGAUCAACAACCCACAUUAUCUGUAUCGUAUGACCGUCUUGCGUGCAAUUGCCUUACUUGCACCAGUCGUGGGUUCAGAAAUCACUUGUUCAAAACUACUUCCAGUUGUCAUCAAUGCAUCAAAGGACAGAGUACCCAACAUCAAGUUUAAUGUGGCAAAGGUGCUGCAGUCCCUUAUCCCAAUAGUUGAUCAAUCUGUGGUAGAGAAGACAAUUCGUCCAUGUUUGGUUGAGCUCAGCGAGGACCCGGAUGUUGAUGUCCGUUUUUUCGCCAACCAAGCACUUCAAGCUAUUGAGCAAGUCAUGAUGUCUAGCUAGGCAGGGCUUUUCCGAGUUCAUCACUGAAUUCGUAUUAUAAGUCACACCGUUUCAUCUGGAGGUUCUAGUAAUCGAAACAAGUCGUAGCACCUCAGUAGCGUGCAAGUAUCACGCAUGUCCGUCUCUUACUGCUCGAGCUACAAGAUUGACAUUUUUCCACUCAGGAUAAACAUACGAUAUUAACGUAAUAUGUUCUUGUUGUUCAUAGUAUUUCUUUUAGCCUUUUCGUUUCCCUCGUUUCUAUACGUCUCAUUCAUAUUAGUAACAAGAUACUAUUUCAGAAUCAAAAA